AUGGGUGACAACAACUUCAACUUGCCGCCGGGUUUCAGGUUUUACCCCACAGACGAGGAGCUCGUCGUCCAUUUCCUCCAACGUAAGGCCGCCCUUCUCCCAUGCCAUCCCGACAUCAUCCCCGAUCUCGACCUUUACCCCUAUGACCCUUGGGACUUAAAUGGGAAAGCAAUGGGUGAAGGAAACAAGUGGUAUUUCUAUAGCCGGAGGACACAGAGCAGAGUCACCGGAAGCGGCUACUGGCAAGCCAUAGGGGCUGAGGAGCCUAUCUACUCUUCAAACUCCGGCCAGAAAAUCGGCAUGAAAAAGUACAGCUCCUUUUUCUACGGCGAGCCUUCCGAAGGGGUCCAAACCGAAUGGAUAAUGCAGGAAUAUCGGCUGUACUCCGAGUCGGGCUCCACCAGUCGAUCCUCGUCCAAAAGACGAAGUUCCAAGAAAGAUUAUGGUAAAUGGGUUGUUUGUCGUGUGUACGAGCGCAACAGCGAUAGCGACGAUGACGAUGGGGCCGAGCUUUCUUGCUUGGAUCAAGUUUUUCUGUCUCUGGAUGAUCUUGAUGAGAUUAGUCAGCCAAAUUACAAUUAG